CUGCGCGCACUUUGUGCUUCAUCUGUCCGUCAUUCACGUCGCACGCUCGUUGUUUCGCAUCGCAGUGAAUCCGCUCGAUUUUUUCCCCGACAUUCUCGCCAGCGAUUUAAUCGCCCAGGAGCAGCCACCGUCGCACCGGAAGGAAGCGUCUUGCGGCACCCUUCUACGCGCGCCCUUCUGCUUGGAAAAUCUCCUCGUCGGAUCCGGCCAGAUUGACAAAAUGCCACUGUCAGAGUUCCGCAAGAAGAAACUACUCUACAUUUUCAACACCUUCUUCGAUUGCAAUCAAAGUGGCGCGAUCGAUAAGAAGGAUCUAGACCUCGCCGUGCAACGAAUCACCGAAUGCAGAGGCUGGACUCCGGACAAUCCCAAAGUUCAAAGCACAAAGGACAAUUUGCUCAAAAUGUGGGAUGGAUUGAGACAAAGGGCCGACGCAGAUCAAGACGGCCAGGUCAGUCGAGAAGAGUGGUAUGAAUUGUGGGAAGAAUAUGCGAACGAUCCGGCGAAUCCAUCCGAAUGGCAGGAAACAUACAUGACUUUGAUGUUCCAGUUGUUUGACGCAUCUGGUGAUAAAUCCAUCGAUGAGAACGAGUUCUGUAACGUCUGCAGAUACCACGGCGUCACGGAAUCCGAAGCUAGGGAGGCUUUCAAAAAAUUGGGAGUCGGCCAGGAAAUAACCUGGGAGAAAUUCGCCAACCUCUGGAAGCAAUAUUUCUCCUCGGACGAGCCGACCACACCGGGAAACUUUAUUUUCGGGAAAACCUCGUUCUAACUCGCUGUCCCCGCGGAACCGAGAGACGUAUCUUACCGUUUCCUUGCGUCGCAUUGUAUCGUCCAUGUAUCUGAUUUCUCGUGGUCAAUUCGCCCGCCUCACGGAACGGCGCAGUCGAAAGUUCUUCUUGUUUGACAACGAAAUAAACCGAGGGGGGGAGGAGGAAAACUGAGAAGGAAAAGCCGAUAGAGAGAAACGAAAGAAAAGGAAGACCAGCAGAAAAGCAGACAAUUAGUUUUCGGCCCCGUUGUCGCGUCGGUCGCCAGGGCGAUUCAUUUAACGCGGAAACUUUCGCGCCCCUCUCUCUCACUCUCUCUCUCUCUCUCCCUCUUUCUCUCUCUCUCUCUCUCUUUCUCUGUCUCUCGGCGUGUAAAUAAUCGUCGUCGGGGACGAAAACCAAAAAAAAAAGGAAAAAAUGUUAACAGAAAAACGCUAAUCAUUUUCUCCCGCCGCGCUUGGACAGCCGCCGGCGAUAAACUGUAUCUUCACUAUAUGUUUGUAUCCGUAACGUGUUUUAAAUGUAAAAGCGAUCGAGCCGUAAUUGAACGUUGACCCGAGAGCCGCGUAUCGCUUUCGAACGGUAGCGUCCGGGUGACGAGUUUUAAUUAGUCGAAUCACGUUUCCCUCCAGCCCGCGGACGGCGUUUUCACGGUUCAGAAUCAAGCAAACUUCUUGCUCGGGACGGGGCCGGCCGCGUAGAUCCAGCGUCCCCGUGUUUCCGGCGAGCAGGAAUGGCAGAGCGACCGUUGACAGCGUGUCUGAUAACGACUACGAAAGUUCUUCAGGCAGACUCGCCUUUAAUCUUCGUUCACGCGCGAACAGGUGCGAACGCCCCGCGUCUAAACGUGUCUCGCGUAGACGUUCUAUUAUGCUGUUUUAUCGAGAGAUCAGGACCGGGAAGGAACACGCGUAUACCUAUACAGAAAUCUAAAUGAACUAUAAAUAUAUAUAUAUAUUAUAUACAUAUAUAUAUAUUUGAUCGACAGAGUUUUACGAGAAAUUCUAAUCGCAGAGAUAUAUAGACGUUGGUAUCGGUGGCGAGUGAACAGCGCCCGGCGCACGUACGAAGUUUCAACCGUUUUUAGCUAUCUCUGUUGCUCGACUUUUCAAUGAAACUCUCCUAGAUGAUAUGUAUACUCGCAAUGCAAGAGAAAUGUGUCUUAAAUAAAAAGUAGGAGAAAAACUAUUGUACGGGCACGAAGAAGACGGAGGACUAAUACUCGCAGAGUCGUGUUCGAGCAGAAAGGUUCGGCGUUUAAUUAGCAUUCUUUCGAAUCGUCCGAGUGUUUUUCGAACGGUGGUGAACGUCGCAUUUGUUUUUCCCCCGUUUCGCUUUGUUAAGCUUUGUUCUCUCUAGCGAACGUGUUGACUGCCGCACGAGGAACAUUCAUCAUCGGAAUGUGUCACGAAAUAUUCGAGCACACUAAACUUCGAAUUCGCGGCUGCGUGCAGAUUGGAUCGAUCGUAAAUUUACGAUUUCAAUUUCCUUGAGAUCGCGUGAUUUUUCUGAUUUUAGCAGCCAAUGCGUCAACUUUCUCAUUCUUUUGCGCCGAAAAAGGAAAAACGUUUGCCCAUUGCACUCGAACAGCGUCGCUGAAAAUGAUCAUGACCACGAUGAUUGGAAAGAUUGUUUGCCAAAGUUUGUUGUGUAUUCGAUAAAUCGCCAAAAAUGUGAGACAGCGUGAACGCACCGCGACGCUUUUACCUUUCUGCCUGUGAAUCUUUCGUGAUUGGAUGUAUUUUUGUUAGUUCUCUUGAGACAGAACGGCGUCGAGGGCAAAGGGUUAUAUAUUUUUGUUAACGUAUUCGUUUGCUUGCUUCGAUCUCUAGAUGUUUAAGAAGAACAUAGCCGCCACAAGUUCAAACACGAACGAGAGACGUUCAGGUUUCUUUGUACCGUUCUGCUUCGAGCUAUUGAACAAUAACGUUGUUGUCGCGAUUUAACAUAGUCUGUCAUGUAACUCUGAGUGUAUAAUAAAAGAAGAUUGAAAGCAUUAA